ACGCUCUCCCAUCCCUGCUUACCGUGCACCCCGAGCUGUGCAGCCCGCUUGGCGCCCUCGGUUUAAAAAAAAAAAAAAAAAAAAAAAUUAAAGGUGGCCGAGAAGGAAAGGGUUAACCGUUGUCUUUAAAUAUUCAUAUCAUUGUUUUAAAGGUGUAAACAGGCGGCUUCUGGGUUGGAGUGGACUGCUUCAUGCUAUGCACAUUUACUCUCCCCCAUUAAUUAUUACGAUUUCCCCAAGCACCCCCCCACCCCCAUUUUCGCACACCCACCCUCCAAAAACUAAGUGUUCAAGGUUCGGACGAGAGUGUGGAUGUGUGUCCCUCGUUCCAUUUCGAAUUUUAAGGCGCCUGAGUUCUUUCUGGACUUAAGGUGUUUUAAACUUUCUUUCUCUUAAAAAUCUGGGAAAAUAGAAAUUACGUUUAAAAAGAAGUUAGUCGCUCAAAUUCCCCGCCUCUUUCGGCGAAGGGGGAGUCGGUAGGGCUGGAGGUAGGAAAAUAACUGGAUGCCUCGUGAGUUGGAUUUUUUCCCCCUCUGGUAGGAGUGAGGCUGUGUUAAGUGCGAGGCGUUUUGUGAGCAAAGCACUGUUGUUUUGUUCCAAACUCUUGCAAAUCAAAGUGCUAUUGGACUUCCUAACUCUGAAAUGGCUUCACAAUUCCCCUCUGGGUAAUUUGCUUUGCUCUCCUGCCACCCUCCUUUUGCACAGGUGGUGGUUUUCUUGGAGUCUUGGGAGGUUUAUUCCUGCAGAGUUGUAGGUUUCAAACCGAAAUGAUUGCUCACCCCCAAACAUGUUUUUGUAAGGACAGUUUGGAUUACUGCCCAUACUCGGGCUUUGUGAGAUUUAUUUUAUUUAGUUAUUUUGUGUAUGUGUGUGUGUACACACGUGAGUGCCAGAGAGAGAGAUUUUAAAUGAGUGAUGUCCUUCCCAGGAGAUCAGAAACUCUAUAAAUGGGAAUUGUGUUCUUAAUCAUAAAUUUUAUAGGGGAAACUGACUCAAAAACUUGGGUGUUUGUACUCUUAUGCCCAAUAAAAUAUCAAUCUGGAGGUUUGUAAAACCUGGGAGCACUUGUAAGAUUCUGGUUUAACCUCGGAGACUUCAAAUUUAGAAGGGUUUGCCCUAGAAACUUUUCACUGGUACCUAGUACCAUAAAUGCCGGUGAUUUAGUACAGUUUAAUUUCUCAUUUUUGUUUUGCAGUGACACCGUAGUGAGCAGGAGCAAGCGUAUUUGUUUUGUCAAUGAUGUGUGUGUAUUGGUUGGUUGGGCGGGAUGUUGGCUUUCUAGGAAAGCGCUCUGCAUUAAAAUAUUAGAGAAUUUUCCACUGCUCUCUUGGAGAAAAUUAAUCUUGCUGUGUUAAACAGGCAUUCCACUUUUCAAGUUGUGUUCUUUAGUGAGGCUUCCUUAGUUUUGGAUCAUCUUCUACUUUUGGCUGAGAGUAAAAACAUGCUUUUCUAAAAUUGAAUUGAGCAUCACAAAGAAUUUCAUGAAAUGCCUUUCCAUCAGCAUCCUUUUCCUGCAGGGUGUCUGUCUCAUGGGCAUUUUAUUUUUCUAUGUGAGAUAACAGAAGAUAUUAAAAGGUUUUCCAGAAAAGUGCCGUUAGCCAGGCCUUAUAAUUUCUAAACCAUAGAGCUCCUAGGUUGACAGAUGCAGUGACUAGAAGUUUUCUCAUGAUGCUGGCUGCCAGAGGAACCUUUGGGACUUACUGCUCAAGAUGGCCUUGUGUUAUGUGCCAGCUGGCACAGAGUGCCUUCUUCAGGGGAGGUGUCCUGGCUGCCCCUCAGAGCCCCAGUUACAGCAACACAGACGUCAGGUCUUCUCCCUUAGAAGAUGUCUGUGAUGGUGGAUCUCUGAAGAAACCAGCCAGCUAGGAGAGGGAGGGGAGGAGCCGGGUUGUGAGGAGUGCGCGCCCCAGAACCAUGUCUACGCGGGAGUCCUUUAACCCGGAAAGUUAUGAAUUGGACAAGAGCUUCCGGUUAACCAGAUUCACUGAACUGAAGGGCACCGGCUGCAAAGUGCCCCAAGAUGUCCUGCAGAAAUUGCUGGAAUCUUUACAAGAGAACCACUUCCAAGAAGAUGAGCAGUUUCUGGGAGCAGUUAUGCCAAGGCUUGGCAUUGGAAUGGAUACUUGCGUGAUUCCUUUGAGGCAUGGUGGUCUCUCUUUGGUUCAAACCACGGAUUACAUCUAUCCUAUCGUCGAUGACCCUUACAUGAUGGGCAGGAUAGCAUGUGCCAACGUCCUCAGUGACCUGUACGCCAUGGGGGUCACGGAAUGUGACAAUAUGCUGAUGCUGCUUGGAAUCAGUAAUAAAAUGACCGACAGGGAAAGGGAUAAAGUGAUGCCCCUAAUUAUACAGGGUUUUAAAGAUGCAGCAGAGGAGGCAGGAACGUCUGUGACUGGUGGCCAGACGGUAUUAAACCCUUGGAUCGUGCUGGGAGGAGUGGCCACAACUGUCUGCCAGCCCAACGAAUUCAUCAUGCCAGAUAAUGCGGUGCCAGGGGAUGUGCUAGUGCUGACAAAGCCCCUGGGGACGCAGGUGGCCGUGGCCGUGCACCAGUGGCUGGACAUUCCUGAAAAAUGGAAUAAGAUUAAACUAGUGGUCACCCAAGAAGACGUCGAGUUGGCGUACCAGGAGGCAAUGAUGAACAUGGCGAGGCUCAACAGAACAGCUGCCGGGCUCAUGCACACAUUCAAUGCCCACGCUGCCACUGAUAUCACGGGCUUUGGAAUUUUGGGUCAUGCGCAGAACCUGGCCAAGCAGCAGAGGAACGAGGUGUCCUUCGUGAUCCACAACCUUCCUGUCCUGGCCAAGAUGGCUGCUGUGAGCAAGGCCUGUGGAAACAUGUUUGGCCUCAUGCACGGGACUUGCCCGGAGACAUCAGGAGGCCUCCUCAUCUGUUUACCGCGAGAGCAAGCCGCCCGGUUCUGCGCAGAGAUCAAGUCUCCCAAAUACGGGGAAGGCCACCAAGCAUGGAUUAUUGGGAUCGUGGAGAAGGGCAACCGCACGGCCAGAAUCAUAGACAAGCCCCGGAUCAUCGAAGUCGCACCGCAGGAGGGAUCGCGGUUAGUAAGCAGCGCGCUGACUCCUCGAGUGUCCGCCUGAGGGAAGCAGCCGCCGGCCCUGAGAGUCUCUGAUGCCUCCUGCGCCCGGGCACCAAAGCCGUGACGACAGAUCUUCUUGCCAAAGGAAGCCACCCCUGCGGAGAGGACGCCCCCGAAGAGGCUUCCCUUUGGAUGCACCCUCCGUCAGGAGCCAGAGGGCAGCCUUUUUGCAAGUGUAGCUGGAACUCAAGCCAUAAGUACGGUGUGCGGCACCCAAAAGGCUGCUUCGGAACGGACAUUCGUUGGACGUUUUCUAGGGAUUUAUACAGAUGUUGGUCCUCAAAAGCUAAAGACCAGUGGUCGACAAAAAUAAAAUGUGUUGGAAACCUCUGA